AAAGGAAGCCAUGGCUUUGCCCUGCUUUUGAGAGCCAAACUCCUGCGCUCUACUAGCUGCCAUCGCUAUCUUCCUUCUCCCUUCCUCCCUCUUCUCUCCGCUUUAUCUCGGCGCAUGGUCUUCGUCCCUCUUUUCCACGGACAUUCUCUGCGCUCGCUGCCUCGGUAGGGCCGCUUCCCUUCCUCUCUCUCCUCCUCGCUUUCUUUAUCUCCCCAUCCAUUCCAUCGUCCAUCUCUAGAGCGGAUCGCCAAUUGAAGACCACGUCCAUGUGUUGAGAAGGGAGUAGGCGAGAUACAGAUUUGGCGUCGGCGGACGGAUGUGAUGGGCUCUGUUUUUUUAAUAAUCGCACUCAGCAAGUUGAAGAGAUUAUAGAAUGCGAGCGCAGGGGCGCGCACGCACUCCCUUUCGCCUCGAAAGGAGCCUCUUUUUCUUCCAUUAGAUCCGUUUCCUUCCCUUCCUAUAUAUCUUCAACAGUGCACGAGCAGCAGCAGCAGCAGAAGCAGCAACAACAACAACAGCGGCUGUUUUCUGCUCACAGAGGCAGAGGGAGUAUUGACGAAUAAAUAGAUGCGGAUUCGCUCCAGGGAGCAAUGCUGGAUGAUGUAGAGAGAGAAAAAUCUUGCUUCCUUCCUUCGCCGGCGCAAUAUCCCACAGUCGCCGCCAUGCCCACUCGGCAGAUGCCCAACCAACUCAAGGCCGAGAAGCACAUCCUGUCCAAGAAGCCCCUCCACAACAGCGUGAACCAGAGUAAGGCCGACGUCCCGCCGCAGGAGCUCAAGAGCGCCGGGCGCCGACGAGGAAGAGGGAAGCCAGCUGCCCGGCAAGCAAAGCUUGAGACGGAAGCUGCAGUCGAGAGCGCUUCUCCCCCCGUUUCGAGCAAAGGAAUCGCCUUUUGCCGGCGGCCAGGGUUUGGGCAGGAGGGCACCCGGUGCAUUGUUAAGGCCAACCAUUUCCUCACUGAGUUGCCUGAUAAGGACUUGAAUCAGUACGAUGUGACGAUCACGCCGGAAGUGAGUUCCCGGAGCACAAAUAGGGCUAUCAUUGCUGAAAUGGUGCGGUUGUAUAGGGAGACUGAGUUGGGCAUGAGGCUUCCUGCUUAUGAUGGAAGGAAAAGCCUUUAUACAGCUGGGAGUUUACCUUUCCACUCCAAGGAGUUCGUCAUUAAUCUUGUGGAGGAUGACGAGGGAACGGGAUUAUCUAGAGUAAAGGAGUAUAGAGUUGGCAUCAAGUUUGUUGCCCGCGCUGACCUUCACCAUCUGAGACAAUUCAUUGCCGGACGGCAGACUGAUGCUCCUAGAGAAGCCCUUCAAGUUCUUGAUAUUGUUCUAAGGGAAUUAUCGAAUCAAAGGUACAUUUCUGUUGGAAGAUGCUUUUAUUCCCCAGAUAUCAGAAAGCCACAACGCCUGGGUGAUGGUUUACAGUCAUGGUGUGGCUUCUACCAAAGCAUUAGACCAACUCAGAUGGGACUUGCACUCAAUAUCGAUAUGUCAUCGACUGCUUUCAUCGAUCCUCUUCCUGUGAUUGAGUUUGUAGCCCAGAUCCUAGGCAAAGAUGUAUCGUCUAGGCCAUUGUCAGAUGCUGAUAGGAUAAAGAUCAAGAAAGCCCUGAGAGGGGUUAAAGUUGAGGUCACACACAGAGGAAAUGUACGGCGAAAAUAUCGAGUUUCCAGUUUGACAUCGCAACCUACAAGGGAACUUAUUUUUCCAGUUGACGAUCAGAUGAAUAUGAAAUCUGUUGUUGAAUACUUCAAGGAGAUGUAUGGAUUUACCAUUCAGUAUGCUCAUCUUCCUUGCCUCCAAGUAGGGAAUCAGAAGAAAGCAAAUUAUCUUCCAAUGGAGGCUUGCAAAAUAGUAGAGGGUCAAAGAUACACCAAGAGGUUGAAUGAAAAGCAAAUUACUUCGUUGCUAAAAGUUACAUGCCAAAGACCCAGAGACCAAGAAAUGGAUAUUUUACAGACAGUUCGCCAAAAUGCUUAUGGAAAUGAUCCUUAUGCAAAGGAAUUUGGAAUAAACAUAAGUGACAAGCUAACCUCAGUGGAGGCCCGAGUACUACCUGCGCCAUGGCUGAAGUACCAUGACACCGGCAAAGAAAAGGAGUGUCUACCUCAAGUUGGUCAGUGGAACAUGAUGAAUAAGAAGGUGAUCAAUGGAUGUACAGUAAACUACUGGGCUUGCAUUAAUUUUUCUCGGAGUGUUCAGGAGAACACAGCUCAUAGUUUUUGUCAGGAGCUAGCACAGAUGUGCCAAGUAUCUGGCAUGGAAUUCAACCGCGAACCAGUUAUCCCAAUACACUCCGCAAGACCUGACCAAGUUGGGAAGGCCCUAAGACAUGUAUAUACUGCAGCAACCAACAAACUAAAAGGCAAAGAGCUUGAGCUUCUCAUAGCUAUCCUUCCUGAUAAUAAUGGUUCUUUAUACGGUGAUCUUAAACGAAUAUGUGAAACUGAUUUGGGGUUGAUCUCACAAUGCUGUCUGACAAAGCAUGUGUUCAAAAUAAGCAAACAAUACCUUGCAAAUGUCUCACUCAAAAUUAAUGUCAAGAUGGGAGGAAGAAAUACUGUGCUUCUAGACGCUAUAAGUUGGCGAAUUCCUUUAGUGAGUGAUAUACCAACCAUUAUAUUUGGAGCAGAUGUAACACAUCCUGAGACAGGAGAAGAUUCAAGUCCAUCUAUUGCUGCUGUUGUUGCCUCUCAAGACUGGCCUGAAGUCACAAAAUACGCUGGCUUAGUAUGUGCUCAGGCUCAUCGACAGGAACUGAUUCAGGAUCUUUACAAGACAUGGCAUGAUCCCCAGCGCGGUUUAGUUACCGGAGGGAUGAUCAGGGAACUUCUAAUAUCUUUCCGCAAGGCAACAGGACAAAAACCCUUGAGAAUUAUCUUCUACAGGGAUGGCGUUAGUGAAGGACAGUUCUAUCAAGUCUUGUUAUAUGAACUAGAUGCUAUUCGCAAGGCAUGUGCAUCCUUAGAACCAAAUUACCAGCCUCCUGUAACGUUUGUGGUGGUUCAGAAACGCCAUCAUACCAGACUAUUUGUGAACAACCACAAGGACAGAAGCAGCACAGACAAGAGUGGAAAUAUCCUGCCGGGUACCGUGGUUGACUCCAAGAUCUGUCAUCCUGCUGAGUUUGAUUUCUACCUAUGUAGUCAUGCCGGAAUACAGGGUACAAGUCGGCCAGCCCAUUACCAUGUUCUAUGGGAUGAGAACAAUUUCACAGCAGAUGAAAUGCAGACCCUCACAAACAAUCUCUGCUACACGUAUGCCCGUUGCACCCGGUCUGUAUCUAUCGUGCCACCUGCCUAUUAUGCCCACCUAGCUGCUUUUCGAGCUCGGUUUUACAUGGAUCCAGAGGUAACUGAAGGCCAACCGCGAAGCAUGCACCAGACAAAUGGAACCCCUGUGAAGCCCUUACCUGCCUUAAAAGAGAAGGUGAAGAGGGUGAUGUUCUACUGUUGAGGAAACAGCAAAAAAACUAUGUAAAUCAGUGUACUUGUAGUGUAGAGAGGCAGCUUGCUACAGGUUUUUCGAUAUGCCAGUUCCUAACUAAUCCAUGAAAGAUGUGGAAGGAACUGAGUUCUCUCUGUGUUGUACAUUAAUGGAUUAGUCCAGGAAUGUAACCUCGAGUACUAGAAAGCUAAUCUUUGAAUUGGUCUGCUUACACCAAAAAGAUAUGAUCCUGAUAAUUGAUUAAUGAAUGUGCUUGAGUUAUACUUGGUGAUCA